AUGGUGGGCGGCUCUUCUGUGUACGGCAAAAUCAGCCUGGCUAGGGUCGACGCCGGUGAUUGCAGCGGUGGCCAUGGAGAAAGUACGAAAACAAAGCUCUCUCUCAGUCUCUCAAUCUCAGACCUGCAGUAUCCCAACAAGCGUCUCUCUACCCCUUAUCUUCGCAAAUCUUAUCCACACCUCUGUGGCGGAAGAACCUAUGCAUUUGAGUUGGACAUAGUCAAAUCCCCUUCCACUUCAACUCGGACAUCCCAAACAUCCUCCCCUUCCACCUCCUCCUCCACCCUCUCAGAAUCAAGCAAUUCCGCCCUCGCAAUCUCAACCCGAAAACCCCGAACUCCUCGGAAACGUCCCAACCAGACUUACAAUGAAGCCGCUGCAUUACUCUCCACUCCUUACCCCAACAUCUUCUCCACCAAUACUCUCACAAAUCCUCGCAAAUCCACCAAACCCCACGACUUUUUCCUCGACCCCUCAUCCUCCCAAUUGCUCCUCCCUCUCCGACUCAUCGACAAUUCCGCUACUUUCUUCCUCCACAACCCAAUUAGCCAGAAACCCAACUCCCGAUUCGAGCCGAAAGCCAUCAAUCCAUUCGAAAAGUCGUGCAAUUCUCCUGGGGAAUUCAACUCCCCGGUGAACUUCGACUCCAACUCCAGCUCCUCCAUGGAGAUAUGUGACGACUUCGACGCGGAAUCGAUGCUGGAUGAGGAGAUUGAUGAGGGUAUUGAUACCAUCAUGGGGAGUAGUACAACCAGCAUGAACAUAGACUCAGUCGACGAGUCGUCCACUAGCAGUGACCAAAUGAUGAUGAGUUCAUGCUAUGGCUACCCAAUGGGGUUAGGAUUUGGCGGAAACUUGCAAUUCGGGUUCGGAUUCAGACGAGAAGGAGUGAGGCCGUUGAGGCAAGUCGACGACAGGGUGAACCGGUGGAGUUUCCCCACCGUCGAUGUUCUUGAAAUCUCGCCCAGAUUCAACAAAUCUCGGCCGUCGCCACCUUCCGCGGGGAAGAAGAAGAAGAAGAAGAAAAAGAUGGAGAAGCUGGCGGUGGUGGAGUCGAAGCUGGUGGAGAAGAGUGGUAGUCUGAAGAUGAGUCCGAGUAUGAAGGAGGAGGAGGAGGAGGAGGAGCCGGAAGCAGAGUGUGGGCAGUUGAUGCUGAAGCUAAACUAUGACGACGUUUUGAGUGCUUGGUCAGACAAAGCGUCUCCGUUCCCGGAGGAGCUUCAGGACGGCGCUGUUGGAAACGAUGUCUCUACCAGGCUGGCGCAGAUUGAUUUAUUCACGGACACCAGUGGGUUGAGAGAGGCUAGCGUCCUCCGUUACAAGGAGAAGCGGCGUACACGCUUCUUCUCGAAAAAGAUCAUGUACCAAGUUCGUAAAGUUAACGUUGAUCGACGGCCAAGAAUGAAGGGUAGAUUUGUGAGAAGGCCAAACUCUAGCACAAAUGGCCAAAGACAAAAGGAAAUAUGA